CCCUCGCUUGUCAUACUACACGAGAACCAGUUUGUCCAUUUUGGAACAGCGAACUGUGGAAUGUCGGAAAUAAGUUGUGUUUCCUUUAUUUCUGGACAGAAGAUGGUGGAGAGGAAACUGCUUAUAUAAAUAUGUGAUUAAGUCUUAAUUAUUUGUGGAUUGUAUUAUAUUUAUUUCAACCUAUGAAAGGCAAAAGUAAUUGGGAUUUUGUCGGACAACAGAACGUCAACAUGGACGAUCGUCACGAUCGGGAAAGUGUGUAUUCCUCAAAUUACUCACAGUCCUCGAUCCCUGUGACUCCCCCGGGCCUCGAGGCGAUUUACAACGCAUGUCGCCGCUCCUACCCUGACCAGCCAAACCCCCUACAAGUCACGGCACUGGUUAAAUACUGGUUGGGUGGACCAGACCCACUUGAUUACAUUUCUAUGUAUGCUAACCCAGGGGAUGAAAACCGGGGCAUUCCUCCUCACUGGCAUUACAUCAGCUACGGCCUCUCUGAUCUCCAUGGUGAUGGGCGAGUCCAUGACCAUAACUUUAGGUGCAAUACUAACGAAGGUCCAAGUGGAUUUGGAUUUGAACUGACAUUUCGAUUGAAGCGGGAAAGUGGGGAGACAAAUCCUCCCACCUGGCCGGCCACCCUAAUGCAGGCUCUGGCCAGAUAUGUAUUUCAAACAGAAAACAUCCUGUACAGUGGGGACCAUGUCCCGUGGCACAUGUCUCUGGAUGGUAGUGAGUCCCGGAUCCAACACAUGCUGAUGGCAGAAGAUGCCCAACUCUUGCCCAUCACUACACCAUUUGGCAUCGUUAAUUUCGUCCAGAUUAUUGGGGUGUGUGAGGAGGAACUGAAGGCAGCUCAGCACUGGAAUGGUCCGGGGGUCAUUGAAUUAAUCAGGUCGCAGAGCUGUGCUGGGGGGCCAUGGCUGAUAACGGACAUGAGGAGAGGGGAAACAAUUUUUGAAAUGGAACCCCAGUUACAGGACCGGGUGGAACAAGGCAUUGACACAGAAGGAUCAAAUCUAAGUGGUGUAAAUAGUCGGUGUUCCUGGGAAGAACCGGGGGAAAAUGGAGAUGAUUUUUACAAUGACGACAUGAAAGACAAUAGGACCAUUGAUGAGCGCAGAAACAGCAACGAAAUUGACAGGCCCAAAAUCUCUGACUUCGAAUCAGAACAGAUCAAAGCAACACUUCAAAAGGGUUUGCAGUUCCCACGCCGAGACUCACGGGAAUUUGAAUAUGACAAUUCAAGAAGGAAGCAGUCAUUUGACAGCAUAGGAAGCAGUGACGGACCAACAGAAUUACUCAGGACUCGAACUCUUGACUUUGUGCAUUUGAAAUUCAAUCUGGAGGCUGGAUCUCUUCUUCCCCUGGCCCUCAAAGGAAGGCUUCGACAUGGGCGACACUUCACAUUUAUGAGUGCACUGAAUGACACGGCCGUUACUCUAGUGUCCACCAGUGUCAAUGGAUCUAUAGCCGAUGAAAAUCACCCAUUUGCAGCUCAUGGCCCAUGGCUGCAGGUGCUCCUCACAGAUGACUUUAUUGAAGAGAUGAUUUUGGACACAGAAGAACUUGCGCAUCCAGAUGAGAUCAUGUGCCCCAAGACCUACAGCUGGCCAGAGCGGAGGAUGAUGAUCACCAUUCUCCCAGACGAGGUGUGAUAGAAAGCUUGGGGACAGAAGGAGUUGCUGGAUCAAAAAUGUUUUCUCAUGUUCCAUAUCACCUGAGAUUACUUUUUACACAAACUGUGUUCUGAAACUCAGUAUUAAUGUGUGCCACAUGUACAAGACAUGACAGAGGACAUGACAUGCUCUGUAGACAUUGAAAGAAGGUGUGCGUGGACGAGACUGAUAGUUCUCAGUCAGUUUACGCAAGUGCCUGAAACAAGAGGGAGUCGUUAGUUCAUGCUGUACAGUGGGUGUAUUUGAUGGGAGUCGUUAGUUCAUACUGUACAGUGGGUGUAUUUGAUGGAUCUAGUGGAUGUUUUAUGUUAAAACUGUGUGAAUGGUGCUGACUAAUUUGAAUGAAGGGUGGAUCCAAAUUUAUAUCUAUGCCCUUGUGUGGUGUCUGUGCAGGUGGUGUAUGUUUCAUUUACCUAGAGUACAUGUUAUUGUGUACACGAUACUAUAUAUUGAGGUUGUGAAUGUGUGAAUCAAAUAUUGUGAAAGAAGAUUGAAAGACUAGUUUAGAUCAUCGACAAACAUACUACUUAGAUAAAGUUAGUAUAGUGCAGAUUUAUAAAACACGGGUGCGUAAUAGUGCCAUCUUUAUUUCUUUUUACUGAAAAUUUCAAGUUUAUGUAUCUUAAUUCUUGCUUCUUGCUUGAAUUGAGAGAACAAAAAUCAAAAAUAAAACCAAAAUGAUAAUUUUACUCUUUGUUCUGAUGAACAAUUAAAAAAUCCAAUGUAGAUGAUUGACACUUGUAUUAAUGGGUUGAAAUAUUUUAAAAGCUGUGAAAUUUUAGUUGUACAAAUGGAUCAACUGCCAAUUAACAAUUCGAUGAAUGACAAGUUUUAUACAACAGAUGUACAAUUUCAUGUGUCCAGUUGACUAUAUCACCAUGUAAGUUACAAUUUGUGGAACAUUUGAAUGCCAGUCAUUUGUAUAUGUCCUUUAUUUUGCUAAUGUACAAUGCUGGUCCCCACCCCCACCUUCACCCCCACUCCACCAGCAUGUUUGUAUUUAUUUAUUUAAUUAAUAUGAUUUACAUCACAUGUUGCGAGUUUUCAUAUGGAAAUGGAUACCUCUAUCUUUAAGGAAGCAUUUUCUGAUUUUUUUUUAAUUAUUUUGAAGUUUAGGUGUUGAUUUCUCUGUUGUGGUAGUUUACCGGUAAUCAACAUUGGAGUUAUACUUGCCAAUGGAAGAACAGUGGGUUUUAUGUAUUUUUAUUACAUUUAUUUUUUUAUUUCAUUUUUCCUGAAUUGGAAUUUUGAAAAUUUACAUUGCAUUCUUCAAUGGAUUAGAUCUGAAAAAUGCUUUUUAGAAUUUAGGUGUGCUGUAAUGUUUUGUCAAAAGAAUAUUUCAUUUUGCUUUGGAGGAUUCAUUUAGUAAAUUACAUUGAUUAGUCACUCACAAACGAAAUUCCAUUUUUGUUGAAUUAUUGAUUUAAUUAUUUGAUACAUGUGUGAAUUACUUGGGCCUGCUGCUGAGGUGGUACAGCAGGAUUUUGAGGUCGGUGUACAGCUUCCGUGUAGUAGUCUGUGAAUUCUGUGUCUCACAUUUAUCACGUUGUUAUAUUGUAAUACUCUUCAUUCAGUUAAUAAAAUGUCAUAUUUUACAAUG